AUGCCGGAAGCAUAUAUUGUCCGGUUCAAGGUGCUGAAGGUGGAGUCGGCGGAGCUGCAGGACGGCCGACAGUACACCGUCGCGUACCGCCGCGGCGAAACCUCCCGCUCCUCGCCGUGCUACGUUGCGGAGGGCGGCGUCGUUGACUUCAGUGCGAUGCCGGAGGGAGCGGCCAUUGUGCACUUCAAGAGCGGCGGGCCGCGGUUUCUGCCCAAGUGGAUCACCAUCCGCUUGGAGGAGUACGUGCGGGGGCGCCCGCGGCGGGUCGUCGGGGAGACGCAGGUGGACUGCGCCGAGCUGCUCGGGCUGCACAGCCUGACGGCCUCCGCGCGGCGCCGAGUGAUGUUCGAGAUUAACGGCUCCCCCGCCCAGAUGGUCGUUGCCCUCCUCGUCUACCCCGAAAAGCACCCGGCGCUCUCCUUCGGCGACGUCGCCCCCGCAGCCGCGAAGGAGGACUCUGCCGGUGGGGAGCGGAGCGGCGAGAUCAAGCGGAUGACCCGCGGCGAGGCGAUGACGCUGCUGAUCUCGCUCGAGGCCAUGCUGGAGCGCCGCCGGGAGGGGGGGGAGCCGGCGGGAAGCGCGGCCUCCCCGCUGGAGCGGCGCCUGGCGGAGUUGGAGGAGCGGCGUCGCUCGCUCGCCGGCGUGGAAGGGAUGGCCGCCGCCGUGGUGAAGCAACGCGUGGAGGGCGUCGUGGGGGCGCAGUUUCUCGCCUUCUCCCGCAGGCACCGCGCCAACUACGUGGGGGAGGUGGCCGCCUACCUGCGCCAGCUCGCCCUCACCAGCGGUCUCCCCCUCACCGCCGACAUCUCCGAGGCGGCGGUGACGGACACGGAGGGCGCAAGAGAGCGGCUGCAGCGCAUCAACACCCGCAUCGACGCCUUGACGGGCCAAGUGCGUACGCUAGAGGAGCAGCAGCAGUCGCUCGGGCGGCUGCAGGGUCGCACGGACGUGACCAAUGAACUGUGCGCCAUUCAGAAUAAGGUGGAAGGGCUGCAGUCGCAGAUUGCUCUGCUGCUGAAGACGCGUGCCGCGCUGGAGGGCCUGGUGCGUGGCAAAGGCACGGAGGCCACGCCCGUUGGUCGCGAGGUGCAAGAAAUCCGCCAGCGGCUCCGCGCCCUGGCGGCCGAGGAGGCGCAGCUGCAGGAGCAGGUGCGCCGCAUGAUGAACGUCGCCGGCACUCACGUGUUGAAGUGGGCGCGUAGCAAAAAUCCGCCGACGGAGGACACCUUCACGGACCUCGCGACGCUUCUAGCGGCAGAGCCGUCACAGGCGCAGAAGCAGGAGACGGCCUCUCAAAAAGAGCUCGGCGCCGUGGAGCGUCAACAACUCAUUGAGGCGCUGUCGAAUGCCGCUAAACCCGCCGCCCCGCCGGAGAAGCCGGCGGCCUCAAGCGGGGCGGCGGGGCCCGCGCGGCCGCAAAAGGAAGAGAUGCUUGGGGCCAAGGGGCUCCCGUCGGUGGGUGACUUUGGCGGUUCCGCGACCAAGGAGGAGGCGGAGAAGGCCGCAGCGACCCCAAAAGAGGCCAAAGUGGCCGAAAAGCACGUGGAUCCGUUCAUGUCCGAUCUGCGAAGUGACAUGUUCGCCCCCUCGCCGCCGAAGGAGCCGGAGACGAAGAAGCCCAAGUUGCCUGAGUUUGACUUUGGCGCCCCACUAGACGAGGACGCGGACGCGGGGCUGACGCAGGCCGCCGCUGGCGGCGGAUACGCCAUCUUCUCCAUGGACGCCCACGAGACGGAGCCCCACCCGGCUGCCCCGCCCGUUGUGGAGGUGGUCGCUGUCGAUGAUGAUUUCAUGUAUGACUUCCGCCCAACCGCCGCCGCCGGCGCAAAGCCCUUCACCAUCGAGUUUGAAGACCCCUCGUUUUUCAACGGCCUCGAAGAAGGGGCGGCGGCAAAGACUCCCGCCCUCACCUUUGACUCGGGGAGUCCGCACUUGCGCGACACCAGCAGUAGUAGCACGCGCCAGCUUCCAGCGUACAACUUCGGCCCCGAUAGCACUCCGAAGGAAAGCACCACCAAGUCUUCCUCCCAACUUCCGAAGUACGACUUUGGCAGCUGA